AUGAUGUUAUCAUCCAAACUAUUUAAGAUUUCUCAUAAUUUCAAUUCUUUGGGGGCUUCCACCUUCUACAGCCUUAAGUUCCAGCCCUUCGCCCGCUACAUGAACCGAGCUCAGACAAUGGCUCACGAGUACAAGUAUGACCCGACUUCCUUCAUGUACAAGCCCAAUCUGAUCUACAGUAUCGACCCUGCUCCUCACUACCCAGAGGCAGAUCCUAAUCCCAAGUAAAGAGAGACUCUCUUAAGAGAUCAGACAAAGCGCUAUUACGAACACAUAAGAGACAAUGCAGUUCAAAAGAAUAAGAUGUCAGAUAAUUUCAUGUACGGCAGACUAAACGCUCACGUGAGGCACGAAGAUCUCAAAGCUUAAAUUCAAUAAACUCAUGAUGGAGAGAAGAAGUUUUAAGAGAAGAAGCAGAGAAAAGCACUUAAGAGCAAGGAUGGAAUCACAUUUGAAAUGGUCGAGAUUGAAGAUACCUUCCAACUACCAUACGGUGUGGGUUAUGACCACUUUAUCAAGUAAAAGACUGAUCUAUUGAAUAAGCAGAAGAUCAAGAAUUACGAAGCGAUGAACGAGCUUGUCGAGAAGAUUGGCUACAUGGAUUACAGAGACGCUCUCGCUUGCAAUAAAUACAUUCUCGAGGCCAAGAGACACGGAGACUAUCAUCAGCAGGCAAGAGCCCAGAUACUCAAGAUUGCAAUGGUAAAGUUCAAUCAACAGCGCAAAGAGGAAAUCGAUAAAAUGGCUGCAUAGCACCCAGCUGCUGCAACUGACAAAGAAGAGGCCAAGUUCUAAACUAUCUUGAAUAUAGACCCGGACUUGGCGAGAGACUACAGAUUCAAGUACGAAGACAUUAAGGAGGAGAAAGAGUUUGAAGAGCAGGAGGCAGACCGUGUGUUUGAGCGCUACGACUACUAGUUCUAUAAUGAAUACAAGUCAGAUGUAAUACCUGCACCCCAAUUCGAAAUCAAGAACAUGAUUUAGAAAUCUGAUGAUGAUGUCCUGAGCUCUGACUACACGGAUUUGGAUGAACAGAUGAUCUAACGUAGGCUAAAGUACAUAUAAAUAAACAACUAAAAGUCAAUGAAAGACAUUAGAGAAAACCUGAUUGAACAGAAAAUGAACUUCUCUCAUAGAAAGCUAAAGGUUGAUGGUAAGCCUAUGAAAAACUUGGACAAGUUUGAGAUGUACCAGUACAGACAGUACUAGCAAAUUAAAGAGAGAGAAAAGAUAGACAUGAAGAUGGAGAGCUUGAAAGCUGAAAUGCUUUUGAAUAAGACUUUAAGUAAGAUCAAUCCUCAGGACAUCCUAAAUGAAAACGAUGCUUACUUCCCUGGAGAGAUAAUAGAGGACAAUUAGUUUGCUGUUAUCGACAGCAACUUGCCUCUUGAGUUCAGAAAGCUCUACAGUAUGAACCACCAGCAGUUGCAGAAUCUGAACAGAAUGGUCACUGAUUAGGAGUCAGGAGAGUUGGUAGAGGAUUACGAAAACAUAAUCAAGAAGUAUUACAGAGCUAAAGCAGAUCAUUACGUUAAUAAGAAAUUGGAGUUCUUGGUUCCAACGACUCUGCAAUUGCAUUACGAAGAAUAGGAGGCUGAACUUAAUGAUCAGGCAGUUAAUGGCCGAGCAUACUUUAUGUACAACAACAUGGACUUCUACAACGACAGAGACAAGGCGAGAGAGAAAUUCAUUUAAAAUGUUAACAGGAGAACAACUCUCCAAGAUAUCGGUAGAAUGCUAGAUAAGUUUAUCCUAGAUGACUAGGGAGGGACAGGAACCUUUCAUGACUACACGAAGGGCGAGGGCUUGAAGAAGGUUAACAAGGACUACACUAGCUUUGACUUCCACUGGACCAAGGGACUCUUUGAUACAUAUAAUGGUCUCUCACCAACGUUUGGUUUCGAUGACAGAGAUCCUGCUUAUGGGUUACCAGAAGGUGUAGGUACAGAGAUUAGAGAUAUUUUCAAAAGAGUAGAUUUUGAAGACGCUCAGAGAGACCACUCGUACUCAGCACUGACUAAGGAUGAAAGGGACGAGAUUACGCUGUUCAACUCUUUCAAGCAAGACCCCUACUUCAAGCACUACUUGAAGAACCAUUUGAGGCAGUACGCUGAAGAGUCAGACGACUUCUGGAUAAAUCAGCCAUUCGCACCAAGUCCAACCAUGAUAGACGACUUCGUCAAGUUCGACCGCAUUAAUCUCUAUGACUUCCGUAGAGCGCUCGCUUAGAAGGAGCGUGAAGCUAAGCUUGAUGUAAAGGGCCGUGCCUGGGGCUUCGGAAAGAGGAAGAGCAGUAGAGCUGUGGCCAGAGUCAAGCCUGGCAAGGGCACAAUUACCGUCAAUGGAGAGCCCAUUCUUAAUUACUUCCACUCUGCUUCUUAGAGAUACAGAAUCCUACUACCUCUCACUCUGACUAGAUACACUUGCAUUUUGGAUGUUGAUAUAUGGGUGCACGGAGGAGGUACUACAGGUUAAUGUGAAGCAUGCGUGCCUGCAAUCGCCAAGGCUCUGUAGAAUUACGACGUAAAGACUCGCUUGAUCUUGAAGUACUUCAAGCUGAUGCGCCACGACCCGAGAAACGUAGAGAGAAAGAAGUACGGUAGAAUAAAGGCCAGAAAGGGUCAGGUCUACAGAAGAAGAUGA